AUGAUACAAAUCUGCGCUUCGCCCGCCGCCGAUCAGUAUGAACACUGUGGAGUGGGUGUGACUCAGGCUUUGAGGGCGAGCGACACGCCCGGCAAUUUGCCGGCCUGCACCUCGCGAAUACUGACAGCAAAACCCAACAACAUUAUUUGCGGCGAGGGCGGCGAGGGCGACACGCCCGGCGCCGGCCCUGCACCCUCGCGCUCAGUUCACCCAGCACAUCUAAGAUAUAUUUGG